AUGGGUCAAGUGCAACUCUAUUGUCCAUCCAAAAAGAAGACCGUCGACAAUUUCGUCUUCGGCGCAUUCCAGAAUCUCGACCAAGUUCUGCAAGGCGUGCGACUCGCGCUCGAUAUCAAGUACGCAGCACUCUACACUGUCGAGGCGAGACCCAUAUACGAACCCAGUGCGCUCGAGGACGAUCAACGCAUAUUGGUGGCAGCAAGUGCGGAAGAGACGAUGUUGCCUGAUGCGCCCCCUGGAUGGGUUCUGUACCAUGGCGAAGAGGGCGACGAUGUCGACCCGGACACGGAAGGUUAUGGUCAAGAUCUCAACGAGCAGAAGCCCGAGACCCGCAACAAGAUGCGCAUCACGCGCCCAUACAAGUCGCUUGAAGCAGAACUUCACUUCUUCGAAUACAAAGAAUCAUCAACCGUUGAGUUCACUGAGGAUGAUGCCCGUGUCGAGCGAUACUGGGGCAUCACUGUCAAGCAGUUCAUCCCCUUCUCCAUGAAAGCAGGACCUAGCACAAACCUUAGCCAGAAGCUCACCUCCCCAACCGCAUUUGCUAUCAUGAUCUUGUCUAGCUUCACACACGGUCAAUCUCGACUAGCUCUAGAGGUACUAGAGGAGGCCAUUGCGCUACGCACCCAAGAUGAGCAAGGCGACAACAAGGAUCCCGCCUUGCAGACGCAAGAUGUACUCAACGCGAUUGCCAUUGUAUAUGAGCGGGCUGAUCUUAUCCCAGCCAACCUGACAAAGGUAAAGAGCGGAAAGUCGAAGGAGCGUGAGAAGCGAAAGGCUGCUAGGGAGAAGAAGAAGUCCGCUGGUCAGUCUAGCACUUCGGUGUAG